AUGUCUUUCGGAUUCGGAGGAUUCGGUCAGAAUAACCAGAGCUCCGGCUUUGGCACGGGCUCAGGAUUUGGAGGAACGAGUACCGGUGGAGGCUUUGGAUCAUCCACAUCAUCUCCGUUUGGUGGUGGCGGUACUACUGGUAGCACCGGCGGUGGCCUUUUUGGGAAUACCUCCAGUAGCUUCGGUUCCGGUGGUGGAUUCGGUGCGCAAAAUCAAUCCAACUCACUAUUUGGAAGCCAAAACCGCGCCGGUGGCUUCGGCACGGGCACGGGCACGGGCACGGGCACGGGCACGGGUACGGGUACGGGCACUUCGUCCGGUGGAGGCCUCUUUGGCAGUGGUACCUCUACCACUGGAGGUGCUGGGUUUGGUGGCAGCGGCGGUGGCUUCGGAUCGAGCAACACUGGCGGUGGUUUCGGCAGCUCAGGUGGUGGGCUCGGAAGCUCAGGUGGUGGGCUAUUUGGUAACAAGACCGGCGGAGGCUUUGGUACUGGAACAAGCGGGUUUGGCACAGGCGGUGGCGGAUUUGGAGCAGCAGCAGGGAGUGCCACUGGUGGUUUUGGCGGUGGAACAGGAACUGCCUUCAACCAACCUGUUCCUCCAUCCGAUGGUACUGCCAGCACUCCAUUCAGCCCUUUCACCGAGAAAGACAACAGUUCCAACGUGACCAACCACUACCAAAGCAUUUCGUUCAUGCAGCCCUACAACAAGUAUUCCUUCGAGGAGUUGCGAUUGGGUGAUUAUAACGGAGGCCGUCGUUUCGGAAAUGGAAGUGGUCAAGCUGGCGCUUUCGGUACCUCUGCGUUUGGCGGAUCCGGCUUUGGCACACAACCCACACAACCCGCACAACCCGCACAACCCACAGGGGGCUUUGGCAACACCGCCGCCUCGCCAUUCGGGGGCAGCACCAGCGCUCCUUCUGCGUUUGGUACCCAGACCCAGACCGCCGGUGGCUUUGGAAAUGCGGGCAGCUCCUUGUUCGGCGGUCAACAACAAAAGCCCGCAACGUCUCUGUUCGGAGGAGGGGCCCCUACCGGAACUUCCCAGCCAAGCAUGUUUGGCAACAACACUUCUACUACUGGCGGUUUCGGAAGCAGCGCAGGAGCUGGGACUGGCGGCUUCGGCGCCGGCACCGGCACUGGCAGCUCGUUGUUUGGCAAUAACAACCAACAGCAACAACAAAGUAAGCCGUUAUUUGGCGCCGGGGCCACUGGAGCUACUGGAACUGGCACUGGCACUGGCACUGGCACUGGGUUCGGCUUCGGUAACCAGCAAACUACUUCAGCCAGCCCGUUUGGAGGCACUCCGGCUACAGCUUCGCCAUUUGGCGGCACCCAGCAGACUGGAACCAGUGCCUUUGGCGGCGGCUUUGGCGGCCAGAAUCAGACUCAGAACAAGGGGGGGUUGUUUGGCGGUGGUGCUGGUGGCUUCGGCACGGGCACUCAACAGCAACCACCCACCGGUGGCGGUGGUCUCUUUGGAGGGGGUGCUGGUGGUACGACAGGUUCGUCCCUCUUUGGGCAGAACAAUCAACAAAACCAACAGCAAAACACCGGUAGUUCGCUUUUCGGAGGCGGUACUCAGCAAACUGGAACUGGAGGCGGCCUUUUUGGAGGUGGCGCCCAACAACCGCAGCAACAGAAACCAGGUCUCUUCGGCUCGUCGACAACGGGCACGGGUACUGGCGCUAGCCCAUUCGGGGGCGGGGGCUUUGGUAGCACCCAAAACCAGCCAACUGGAGCUAGCAGCUUGCUCGGUGGUGGUGCUGCCCAGAACCAGCAGCAACAACAGAAACCAAGUCUGUUUGGUAACACAGGCACGGGAAGUUCCUUGUUCGGCGGCGGUAGCCAGAACACAGCCCCCCAGGGUGCUGGCGCUUCGAUGUUUGGUAACACCCAGAGCCAGCAGCCUCAGACGGGAGGAUUGGGGAGCAGUCUGUUUGGUGCCUCCCAGCAACCUCAACAACAGCAGCCGCAGCAACCAACGCCAGGUAGUUUGCAGGCUUCCCUUUUCGAUGGCAACCCCUACGGAAACCAAUCCAUUUUCUCUGGCCUGCCUGGGCCAAGCGCCCCAAGCCCCGGUCCCCUGGCCACGCCUUUGUCCUCCUCUAUGAAGCAAAAGCAACGAACCCCUCUGCCUGUUCACAAGACCACUCCCAGUGCUUCCACCCGUCUUGCCACGCCGCCAAAGCGAGGAUAUGGUUUCUCUUAUUCCACUUACGGGUCGCCCUCUAGUUCCACGAACACGUCAAACGGUCUUGGAGGCAGCCUGAUUGGCGGUGGUAGCAUGCGCGGAAGCCUCAAUGGCGGUAGCUUCAACCGCAGCUUCAGCAAGAGCUUCUCCACUAGCAACCUGCGCAAGAGCUUUGACCCUGAUACGGAUAGCGUCUUGUCUCCUGGUGCUCUUUCCUCUGGCACCAACCGUCUGUCCAGUGGUGGUCUCAAGCGACUUACCAUUGACCGCAGCUUGAGAAACGACCUCUUCGCUCGCCCCACUAGCACAUCGCCUGCUCCUAUUACCAACGGUGAGGACUCCGCUCAGCCAACCGACAAGGGCAAGAAGAGAGUUAGUUUCGAUUCUGCAGCCUCCAAGACCCCCGAUGGCUCUGGCGGUGAGCUGGUUGCGGCAGAGGUUGAAAGCGCGGAACCAACUCCCGAGGAGCUUGGUUUCCUGCGCUCCGUCCGCAAGAGUGGCAGCAUGAACGGAACCAGCAGUUCCAAGUCGUCGUUUGAUGGCGCAGAAUCUGCCAAGGAACUCCCGGCCGUCCCAGAGGAUGCAGAGCAAUCCGUCAUCACGGAUGGCGAGACCAGACUUCCAUUUACACCCGGUGCAGACCCUAAACCCGGUGAUUACUGGAUGAAGCCUUCUCGUGCUGAGCUCAGCAAAUUGCCCCGUGAGCAGCUGAAGAGCUUUGUAGGCCUCAUUGUUGGACGUCAACGCUGUGGUCAAGUGACCUUUGAUGAACCCGUUGACUUGACAACCGUCGACCUGGACCAAAUUUUCGGAGGUCUUGUGGAGAUUAACGUGAGAAAGAUCACGGUGUACCCUGAUGAGGCCAUCAAGCCCCCGAUGGGCAAAGGUCUUAACGUCCCGUCGACUCUCCGGAUUGAGAACUCCUGGCCUCGUGGCCGUGACAGGAAAUCGCCAUCUCCCGUGACCAGCGGUCCCCUCUUCGAGAGGCACAUUGACCGCUUGAGGAAGGUCGUGAAUGCUGAGUUCGUUGACUACGAGACAGAGACUGGAACAUGGGUUUUCCGGGUGCCUCACUACACUACCUAUGGCCUCGAUUAUGAUAGCGAGGACGAAGAAGAAGCAGGUGAGGGCCUCAACCAAAGCACUGUUAGUAGUGCGGCUCCUGACACUCCGACUCCGAAGGCUCCGGCAACUGCCAAUUUCGAUCAGACGGUGACAUCCACCUUCUCUACUGACGACUCGUUUGUUGGUUCCGUAGCCGGGGUGGACGAUGACACAUUCGAUUUCAAGAAGCGCAAGAUGGUUCCCGGGGCGUUUGGCGUUCAGGAGAUGGAGGUGGAGGAAGAACAACAAUCGGCCGAUGGCGAAGAAGAGGGUUCUUUUUUAGGGGAAAGCUCCACGGGUUCAACUACUGAGCAAGAAGGCGGCUAUGAAGAUGCCACCGUGAGCCAGCAGUCUGGCGAAUCAGAUGUUGAAUUGGAUGAAGAUCAGGAAAUGGAUAUGGCGGGCGCCUUUCCGAGCCUUCGUCCCACCGUGGAGCGCCAGGUUUCUCCAAGCACCGACAGUUACAUGGAGAACCAGCCCUCGCUUAAGCCUUGGAACACACCGGCCAAGGCUCGCCUUAAUCUGAGUGGUGAUUGGGCUGAGCAGCUGCAACGAACAAUCAGCCCUAGGAAGCAGAAUCGUGACGCACUCCGUGAGAUUCAAGGAAAUGCUUUCAACGACCGACCUUUGCAUGAUACUACACCCACCAAGAAGUCGACUGCGGAGGCCCAAUCGAAGGGAUUUGCGACCAGCAUUGAUUUGAUGAAUUCUUUGUUCCAACAGCCACGAAAGCAACAAAUUCAGUCUCCUUUGAAGGUGCACAAUGUACAACAUACUGGUGUUGAGUGGCCUUAUCACAAGCAACCAAAGACCUUUGCUGGUGAAUCGAACGAGUUGAGUCGCGACGAUAUUGCUUUCCAUCACUCAUUUAAGCCGCGGUGGGGUCCGAUGGAUUCCCUUAUUACGGUCAAGAACGAGAUGAAGGAUACUCAGGCUGAGAAUGAACGAUGGGAGCAGGGAAUCCCUAUCACUAGCGAGAACAGAGACAUCAUCGUCUUGGCCUACGACAAGGCCCCAGAGUCUGGUGACAUGCUUGACGCACAAAAGCAACAGUCGACUAUCAAUCGCGUUGAUGGCAUUCCCUUCGCCCGUCUGCCUCAGGCUGAUUUCCGACGUUUCACCCAGAUUUCCUCUGUCUCGGCACAAUCCGAUAGCGAGCGACUUGUCUGGCAACUGGCCAAUGUGCUGUUCAACGAAGACAUCGAGGAUGAUCUCUCUGCAACGGUUCCUGUUCAACUUCGAUCAAAGUAUGCGGCUCGUAUCAAGAAAGAUCGACUUAGCCGCUUGUGGGAAAGUCUUGUUAGCCAGAAGCUUGUUCGUGAUUUGGAACGCGCUUCUUCGCCUGAGGAGCGUGCCUUAUAUUUGCUGAGCGCACACCGAAUCGAGGAGGCUUGCAAGGUCCUGAUGGUGAAUCAGAAUUUCCGCCUGGCCACCUUGGUUGCGCAGAUCGGUCGUGACCCCACGACUCGUGCGGAUAUGGCUCAACAGGUUGAGAUGUGGCGUCAGCACAACGUGUACUCGGAGAUGAGCGAGCCUGUCCGUGCGCUUUACGAGCUGCUUGCUGGUAAUGCUCUUCGCAGCGAGGGUAAAUCGAACGGUGCCCUGGAGGACCGCGCUUCUACAUUUACGGUUACCGAGCGGUUUGAGCUGGAUUGGUUCCAGGCGUUUGGUCUCCGUCUUUGGUACUCCAUCACUGACGAUGAGCCCCUCGAGGUUGCCGUGUCCAAGUUCCUUGACGAAUUGAGCGUUGGGGGCGAGCCUGCUCACCCGUGCCCCUCUCAUUUUGAUGAUGCCGGAGUGAUGCACACAACGCCUGAUUCGCUUGGUCGAGAAUCUCCGCUCUGGGUUCUAAUCAAGGUCUACUGUGUGCUCACCGGCACUACCAAGGGUGACAGUCUUGCUGCACUCGAAUUUCCCGCUGCUCUCCUACCCGAGUCUGUUUCGGGAGACCGAUUGUCCAACCGCCUGUCUUUCCAGCUGUACCAACUGCUCACAGCCGCAGUGGGGCAGAACCAACACUUCAAUGUCAGCACUGCUCAAGCAGAUCAGUUGGUAUGGGACUACGCGUGGGAACUUAGCGUCGGCGGUCAAUUGGAGAACGCCAUGUUUGUCCUUCUGCACCUUUCUCGGCCAUCUGACCGCGAGCGCGCCAUCAAGGAGACGCUCGCACGAUUCGCCCCGCAACUUCCCGACCCUGUUACAGCAGAUGGUUCCCUCGAUGCUGCCUGGCAGUACUUCUCCAACGAGCUGCAGAUCCCUGAGGCUUGGAUCUGGGUUGCCAAGGCCUUGUGUGCUCGUGACGCCGGCGACGCUGCCCGUGAAGUCGACUGUCUGAUCCGUGGCAAGAACUGGAACGAUGCACACGCCACUUUCUGUCGCAUCGUGGGUCCUACUGCGGUCAUCGAAGGAGACUACGCGACUUUGGAGACAUUGAUUUCUGGCUUUGGCGAUGGACCUGAACGCAAGGUCAGAGGAUGGGCUAGUGGCGGAGGUGUUUAUGAAGACUUCCUGCGUCUCGCUACUGCCAAGGGUGGAAAGCGGGAUCCAGCUCGGUUGAACCGUCUGGUGAAUGCGUUGGUUAUGAUGGGUGAGAAAGUUGGAAAGGGAUCGAGUGUUGAAGGAUUGGAGGAACGGGUUGCAUUUAAGGAGAUGAGCCGUGCUGUUGCCGGGUGGACUGCUCAGGAGGACGCGAAUGCUGUCGAAUUGUCUUCCGUCCUCAGCCUGCCGCUUACUGGCGAUGCGCGUGUUAUGCAAACGGCCGAUAUGAGUCGUCGAUAUUACAGCGUGAUCAUGGCCGGUGGCUACUAG